GACGGCGCUUCCAUCCUGCACCAUCAGGCCAAGGUCUUCCAGCACCUGGAAGCGCUGCAGGGCAGCCGCGUCGUAAAUUUCUAUGGGCUGUGGCGGGGCGAGGCGUUCGUCGCCCCCGCGCCAGGCUAUGCGCCGCUGCCGCGCUUCAUCGACGUGCUGCUCACUGAGGACCUUGGCGACGACAAUGUUGGCCAGAUCGUUGACAACGAGCCUGCCGCCGUCGGACAGUAUCUCGAGGCCUUACCGGAGCUCAUUAACGCCAUCCAGCAUGCCGGUGCCUUGUCCCGCCAACGGCAUUCCCGACCUGUACUGUAUUGCAACGCGGCCAGGCUCUUCCGCCGCCGAGGUGGAUGCAAGUCCACCCGCUCCGACACUGUGCUUUACAUGCUUCUCCGACGUGAUCCUCGCCGACGACCAGCACUUUGACAUGUGGGCCAUGCUCGAGCGGCAGUGGGUGGACGGGUGUAUCGACAUGUGUCUCCCCCAGGCUGCUGUGCCUGAUGCCUCCUAGAGUGCUAGACGAUACCUGCUCGAGAUGUACUGCUCAUAUAUACAGACGGUGCGUGGCUACAUACAACGUGUGGUAC